UGGCUGAACGGCGGAAACUCGGGAUUAAGAAGAUUCCGCUUAGAUUACAUAGAUUAUUCCGUGGAUUUUACUAUUGUAUUAAACGGAAUAAGCUUCUCAAACUGGGAUCCAAAACGACGAGCACAAGUUUUCUUAACGGAAUACAUAUUGGGUGUUGCACAAUUAGAUUGUUCAAGCGGAUUUGAUAUUGAGAGAAGUGACGGAAAACUUGCGACAAUUAUGCAAGAUGGAAAGUAUCUAGAGUUUGUUGUCUGGCACGAACGAUUCCCAAAGAUUAUCAACUGA